GACGGGCGGCCAUUUUGUUCUCUGGACCCUGGGUUGCUGGAAUCGGCGGCGGCGGCCGUGUGGCUGGCGGGACCCGGGGAGCCGCCGCAGCGCUGGUCGCUUUUUAAAGGGUUUUAAUCUGUCUCAAGGGGCCGCUGCUCGGCCCUGUUUUAACCCGCCAUGUCCGGAGAGGGAGCCGCUGGCGACCAGGCUGCUGAAUAUGUUCCAGAAAAAGUGAAGAAGGCUGAAAAGAAAUUAGAAGAGAAUCCAUAUGACCUUGACGCUUGGAGCAUUCUCAUUCGAGAGGCACAGAAUCAACCUAUAGACAAAGCACGGAAGACCUAUGAACGCCUUGUUGCCCAGUUCCCCAGUUCUGGCAGAUUCUGGAAACUGUACAUUGAAGCAGAGAUUAAAGCAAAAAAUUACGACAAAGUAGAAAAGUUGUUUCAGAGAUGCCUCAUGAAAGUGUUACACAUCGAUUUAUGGAAGUGUUACCUUUCAUAUGUACGUGAAACCAAGGGAAAGCUACCCAGUUACAAAGAAAAAAUGGCUCAGGCAUAUGACUUUGCUCUGGAUAAAAUCGGCAUGGAAAUCAUGUCAUACCAGAUCUGGGUAGAUUACAUCAAUUUUUUGAAAGGAGUAGAAGCAGUUGGAUCUUAUGCAGAAAACCAGAGGAUAACAGCUGUUCGUAGGGUUUACCAGCGAGGUUGUGUGAACCCAAUGAUCAACAUUGAACAACUCUGGAGAGAUUAUAACAAAUAUGAAGAGGGAAUCAAUAUUCACUUAGCUAAAAAAAUGAUUGAAGAUCGGAGUAGAGAUUAUAUGAAUGCUAGACGUGUGGCCAAGGAAUAUGAGACUGUUAUGAAAGGUCUGGAUCGCAAUGCUCCCUCCGUCCCCCCACAGAAUACUCCCCAAGAGGCUCAGCAGGUCGACAUGUGGAAGAAAUAUAUCCAGUGGGAAAAGAGUAAUCCACUGCGCACAGAAGACCAAACUCUCAUAACAAAAAGAGUUAUGUUUGCUUAUGAGCAGUGCUUGUUGGUCCUCGGACAUCAUCCAGAUAUCUGGUACGAGGCUGCACAGUAUCUUGAGCAAUCCAGUAAGCUGCUAGCUGAGAAAGGGGACAUGAACAAUGCUAAACUGUUCAGUGAUGAGGCUGCUAAUAUUUAUGAAAGGGCGAUCAGCACUUUACUAAAGAAGAACAUGCUUCUGUACUUUGCAUAUGCAGACUAUGAAGAGAGUCGAAUGAAGUAUGAGAAGGUGCACAGCAUAUAUAACCGCCUCUUGGCUAUUGAAGAUAUUGAUCCCACAUUGGUAUAUAUACAGUAUAUGAAAUUUGCAAGGCGGGCAGAAGGCAUCAAAUCUGGAAGAAUGAUAUUUAAGAAAGCAAGAGAGGAUGCCCGGACCCGCCAUCAUGUCUAUGUUACGGCAGCUUUGAUGGAGUAUUACUGUAGUAAGGACAAGUCAGUGGCCUUCAAGAUUUUUGAGUUGGGGCUGAAGAAAUAUGGAGACAUUCCAGAAUAUGUACUGGCAUACAUUGACUAUCUGUCUCACCUUAAUGAGGACAAUAAUACAAGAGUUUUGUUUGAACGUGUUUUAACCUCAGGAAGCCUCCCACCUGAGAAAUCUGGAGAAAUCUGGGCCCGGUUUUUAGCUUUUGAAAGUAACAUUGGUGAUCUAGCUAGUAUACUUAAAGUGGAAAAACGGAGGUUUACAGCCUUCAAAGAAGAAUACGAGGGUAAAGAGACAGCUCUGCUGGUAGAUAGGUACAAGUUCAUGGAUUUGUACCCUUGCUCUGCAAGUGAACUUAAAGCUCUUGGUUACAAGGAUGUCUCACGUGCCAAGUUAGCAGCCAUAAUUCCAGACCCUGUGGUGGCUCCUUCUAUAGUGCCUGUUCUAAAAGAUGAAGUGGACAGAAAACCUGAAUACCCAAAACCAGACACACAGCAGAUGAUUCCAUUUCAGCCAAGACAUUUAGCACCUCCAGGUUUGCAUCCUGUGCCAGGUGGUGUAUUUCCAGUCCCACCAGCUGCUGUAGUUUUAAUGAAGCUCCUCCCACCUCCUGUGUGUUUUCAGGGCCCUUUUGUGCAAGUGGAUGAACUCAUGGAGAUUUUUCGAAGAUGCAAAAUGCCAGAAACUGUUGAUGAAGCUGUAAGAAUAAUUACCGGAGGCCUGCCUGAAUUAACUGUGGAAGGCAAUGGACCUGUGGAAAAUAAUACCAUGUUCAAUAAAGCUGUCAAGAGACCAAAUGAAGAUUCUGACGAUGAAGAGGAGAAGGGAUCCGUGGUUCCUCCUGUACAUGACAUAUACAGAGCACGACAGCAAAAGAGAAUCCGAUGAAACAAGUUCCAAAUCGGACUGUGAAAGACUUGUAUUAAGAGAUUUUUUUGCCUCUUAUGUCAAAUGUUUAAAAAGGGACAACCGUUUUUAACAAACAUCUCGGCAAUGAGGUUUUGUUACUGUGGUGCCUCUUUAUACUGUAUGGUUCUUGAUCAGCAGAGUCUUAGAAAGUGCUCUAAACAAAAUUAGGUUUUUCAAAAAUAAUAGCACAAAAUGUCUGAAUUGCAUUUUGUUCCUCUUCAAGUGUGUUUACAUCUACCACUUGAAGUCUUGUGGGGCUUUCAACAGUUUUAUUUUAAAAACUGGAUGGCUUAUAAUUGUGAAGCAUUUUUAAUUCACAGUUUCUGGAAAACAGUUGUUCUCAGUUUGCUCAUGUAGUGUCCUGCCUUAUUGUUUGUUUUUAUUUAUGGCAGAAUGUAUGGAAUCUGUUUUGUAGUUUUAAAAUGGAAA